GGCCGCUCUGCUACUUGUCAGUGAAAGGCUCAACUAUAGCCUUUUGAUUGGUUCUUCAAAAUCUUCCGACCUCCGAUGCUCUCCAAAAGCUGCCCAAAAUUUACCCAAGGCUGGAGGAUGAUGCUUCAACCGGAGUCUUCUCAAGAUGUCGAGGUAAUAUUUCCAGAGUCUUCUCUCGAAAGGUAAACACAUAAUAUCUUCACUCUUUAUUAUAUGGUUUCUUUUCAUUCCAUUAGCGACCCUCGCACAUUCAUCUCUUUACUGCUUUACUCCAAGCCACCACACUUUUUCUCAUCUUGCAAGCUUGGAACUUUCACCUUGAUCUUCAUACUCAAGAAGACAUUACAACACAACUUCAAAUCUCAAUACUGCUAAGGAUAAGAAUGGCACGAACCAAGGGCGCAGCUCGCAGAGACGACGCCGGGCACGAAUUUCGAGAGAAUCAAAAGCGCAAACGCGAACUAGCAGAGGGUGCCUCAAGAGACAAAGGAAAUUUCCCCUCCAUCUUUCAAGAACAAGAUCGGCCCUCGAAAAAAGCAAGAGCAGCUACAACCAUUCCCAAAAUAUCUUCUCACCAAUCCUCCUCUGCUGCACCCGGCACUCAAGAUCGAGCACACAAUGACCCUUCCUCUUCCACCCCAGUCACCACAGCACCCUCCAAGCUCGGAGGGCAGCGUCAAAUCCCCGCCCCUCAUGAUCUAACCCACACCCACCGAACAACCGAAUUAUCUAUUCUUUCCUCCUCGCAGAUCCAAAAGAAAGCCUCGCGUAUCCUCUCGAUCCUUAGUACCUUUUCCUUCUCGGAUCCAGCGCCCCAUGUCGUGCUUUUAUCUGCCAAAGCCCCUGUUGCAGGCAAGCUCAUAACUAUUGCAGAGAUAGCUAAGCGGGAAUUGGCAAAGACUGGCGCGAAAUGGUUUCAAUAUAAUGUUGUUGGAGAAUUGACUGCUACGAUCUCGAGUAAUAAUGCUGAAGUCGAGAAGACUGGAGAUGAGAAAGAUGGAGAUACAGAGAUGAAGGACGGAGAAGAAGAAGAGGAAGCUUUUGAAACCAUGAAAACUCCAUUUGAGAGAGUACUCGAGGCAGAAGAUAGACCUAAGAUUCGAGCUGUGCCUACUUUUACUCUCUAUCUAUCUCGAGUUAGGAUUGAAAGUCUGAGGAAGAUGUAUGGAGAGCAAACUAAUGCUUUGACUUGACCGAGUUCAUCGCAUGGCUAGAAAAGAGAAAAGGUGUAUUAUAUAUACUAUGAGCAAAUGGAUGCAACGUAAUUGAAAAGGAACUUGGCGUUUUAUGGACCCGGGAGGAAAUAUUCAUAGAUGGAGAUACCCCAAUACUUGCUUUCAAGGGUAGCAAGAUGAUAGUGAUAUCAGCGGGGAUGCAUACAAUCAGUGCACGCUCAGCGAUGCACCAACACAUGAGAUAGAAGCUUUAGCCCAGCCUGCUAAUUCAAACCCAAAAAUAUACACACAUAUAUAUGACA